AUGGAUAUUACAGAGAGUACCGAAGGUAUGAGACUCACAUAUGAGGAGUCUACUGAUGUUUCAAUGGGUGGGGAUACAAAUGCUGCAAAUGUAGAAGAUAAAGAGUCAAGCCCUAGAAGCAAAAAGCCUAGAGGCAUCAAUAUUGGUAAGAGAAAAUUGAGAUCUUCUGCUUGGGAAACAUUUGAUUUAUUGCCUCUUGGAGAAGAUAAAAAAAGGCGUGCUAAAUAUUUCGUAACUUGUUAA